AUGAGGACUUACGGGGAUUCCUGAGUUUAUUGCAAGGGCGCCGCACCCUUAGAAAAGAAGUCCUAUGUUUAUUCAUUCAAAAGGAGUACAAUUACAUUGUGUAUGGUGAUCUAGCCUUUUUCUACAGUUGCAUAAAAAGACUUUAGGUCCAUAUAUAUAAAUAUAUAAACAUAUAACAUAGAAGUACACAAUGAGUGAGCUGGAACAGCUUCGUCAGGAAGCAGAGCAGCUAAAAAACCAAAUUAGGGAUGCUAGAAAAAAUGCUUGCGACACAUCUCUUGCACAAGCAGCUGCCAAUGUGGAACCCGUCGGCAGGAUACAAAUGCGUACGCGGCGCACCCUGCGUGGACAUCUUGCAAAAAUUUAUGCCAUGCAUUGGGCGACAGAUUCAAGUGGAGCUACCAACAGAAAUCUAGUAUCAGCUUCUCAAGAUGGUAAAUUAAUUGUAUGGGAUGGUUAUACAACAAAUAAGGUCCAUGCUAUACCUCUGCGCUCCAGCUGGGUAAUGACUUGUGCCUAUGCCCCGUCAGGGAGCUUCGUUGCAUGCGGCGGCCUAGACAACAUCUGUUCCAUCUACAGUCUUAAGACGAGGGAAGGCAACGUGCGAGUGACUAGAGAAUUACCUGGCCACACUGGCUACCUAUCCUGUUGUCGAUUUAUUGACGAUAAUCAAAUAGUCACAAGUUCUGGAGACAUGACUUGUGCAUUGUGGGACAUAGAGACAGGUCAGAACACAACCACGUUCGCAGGGCACACUGGAGACGUCAUGAGCUUGUCUCUGGCACCAGACAUGAGGACUUUUGUAUCUGGUGCAUGUGACGCAUCAGCUAAGCUAUGGGACACCAGAGACGGAAUGUGUCACCAGACUUUCACAGGACACGAAUCUGAUAUUAAUGCCAUCACAUAUUUUCCCAACGGCUAUGCCUUUGCCACCGGCUCGGAUGAUGCCACAUGCAGGUUAUUUGACAUUCGUGCUGAUCAGGAGAUCGGCAUGUAUUCACACGACAACAUCAUCUGCGGGAUCACGUCAGUUGCCUUUUCCAAGAGUGGCCGACUUCUACUGGGCGGCUACGAUGAUUUCAACUGCAAUGUUUGGGAUACUUUGAGGCAAGAUAGAGCUGGUGUGCUGGCUGGUCAUGACAAUCGUGUGAGUUGCCUAGGCGUCACAGAGGACGGCAUGGCUGUAGCCACAGGCUCCUGGGACAGUUUCCUUAAGAUAUGGAACUAGUCUCCCCAGGCACGACGCACAGACGUUGAGGAAAUAAACAAACAUAUAGAUAUCAAACAAGAUGAAGAAGAAAAGGAGGAAUAAAAGACAUUUUUAAAAAAAUUUCCAUCAUCAUGAAGUCCAAAAUAGACAAAGAAGACAUUGAAAAAAAAAGCAACAUAAAAAGACUCGAGAUCAACUAUGGCAAGGCUGUUUCUAUAUAUUUAUGAUGAUCUGUUUUUUUCUCCGUAGUGAGCUUACUGCGGAAGAAGAGGGCACAUCAAAGGGGAGUCAGAACAACAAGUCAUUUCAAACAUUAGUAACUAAAUUGUAAGUCAGUCAGUAUGUCAGCAGGCAUGUGUGUGUGUUUAUAGUUUUCUUGUGCUGUCAAAAGGGAAGGAAGCCCCUCCUCUGAAAGUAUAUUCAACGGAGACCGCAAACGUGCUGCUUAUUUCUGUAGCAGUAGUUGCCAGGGUCAAGGGCAUGUCAAGGUUAUUGCCUUGAGCAUAAAGGGUGAAGGUCACUGGUCACGGGGACCUUGAGAAGGGGGUGCUACUGCUAUGUCACAUAUGGCAGGAUCUUGAUCUGUCAGCACUUGCUUUAACUUUUAACUCAUUUAUAGGUUUGAGGCUUUAGGUUAGUCAACAGCGUGACCACUCUUGUAAGAGUGCAGGGGUUCAAAGUUACUUACCAGCACACAGUGAAAAAUGACUGCUGGCUGUAAAAGGUAACUCCUGUGGAAGGUUUUGUUAUAUCAUCAGAUUCAGUAAAACCAACUUUGUGCACCAAGUGUUUUUUUUUUUUUUCUCUCUAGAAGAUCGAGUUGAGAAAAUAUUGCAGACAGAGAGCAAGAAAAAAAUUAAGAAUUGUCUUGAGAGAUUUGUUUUGAUACGGAGGAUCUUUUCCUACAGUGCAAUAGGGUCUCAUUUCUAAAUCUAAAAAAACUUUUUAAAAGUUUAUUUUAAGUUGCUUGUGUAAUGUACCGAGUAUGUUAAGGCUUGGGGCUGGUAAAGGACUAUAGUUGUUGAGCAGUGUUUAAGUCCUUUAAGCUUAAGUGAUAUGUGUAUUUCACAAUAGAUUGGAAACUGUGGGAAUGUCACUUUCACAUUUGCUGGGUUUCGGUGAUAUUUGAAAUUCUAAAAGUAUGAAAUCUUGGCAAAGGACAAGUUUCCAUUGGCUCGCUUGAAUUACUGCCCAUGCUGCAUUGAACUUGCUCUACCUUUGUUUGCCAUUGCAUACAGCCAAUGUACAUUUGUAUGUGUAUAGAAAUUUUUACCUUGUAGAGACUCGCACAUUGAUGAUGUCACAGUCAAGUUUGUGGCAUGGCAGGCUUUUGUAUCGUUGUUCACUAGGUAUAAAGUCAAGGCACCCGCUUUCCAUCAUUUUUGUUCAUAGCACUGAUUAUAGGAGGCAAUAGUGGGGCAUGAUGGCAAGGUGGGCCGAGACACUGACUUAGGGUUCAGUUUUACAAAAUUGAGUAAGAUAGAAAAAUUUAUUUGAAAAUUUGUGAAAUCUACAUUGUUUUAGUUUUGGCUCAUCUGGAAAGGUAUAGUCUCUCUGGAAGGAUGGCUGGGGGGUAUCAGAUGAAUGGAAUAUUCAGUGCAUGCAUUUAAAAAAGAAACAAGGGGAAAGGGGGAAGCCCUAGAAGUACCAGUGGCAACUGAAGCAGCAACAAAGGAAUCUAGGUUAUAUUUGGAAGGGCUUUUUAAGAUUAUUUUCUGGAAAAAAAUUAAAUGGGGUCAACACAAUGCCUCUAACAACAGCAGACAGUUUCGAGUUACUUGGUCAUUGACUGAUGUUGAA